AUGUACCCCUUCUCCAAGUGCUGCACCUCUCAUCUGCCUGAGCAACCUACCCUGUGUGCAUUACCUCUGGAUGGUGGAGAGCUGGAGCUGGAGUUUAGGAGGUUGAGGAGGGGCGGGAUGCAAGUACCCCCAGAGGCACCAGGGAUCAGAGGUCAGAAGACCCAGAAGGUCUCCUCCUUCUGCUUUUUAGUUGCCCUCUCUCCUCACACAGUGGAUUAUUGUCUCUCCUACAAACUGUUCCACAGGCGGGGGCAUGGGCAGGGCCUGGCUACACAGUGGCCAGCUUCUCUGAAUUCUGCUGUUGGUGUGGUUAGGGAGUCUGCCCUUCUCUUGUCUCUUGGGAUCUCAGUAUCUGGGAGCAGUGCAGGGAGGAGGCAGGAGGCCAAGGGCUGCCUCAUAUCUUCCUCAUGUCCUGGGGAGCAGUGAGCCUCCCUCCCCCACCCCCACCCCCCAUUUCUCUGCAAAGACAAAUCUUAGUCUCUCGCAGCUGGAGGGAGCUCAACAGCCUUUCCGGGAGGAAUGAUUGUUGAAAGGCUUGUGUUGUAAGGAAAUGGGAGAAGGCGUAGGUGUGAGGGUUAAACACAGUCCUUCACUUCAUCUAGCUGCC